CCUCGCCUCGAAAACCUCCACUGUUCGACAUUACGCGUCUUAUACACCAUGUCUGCUGAUCUCACCGUUCAAGAGGAGGUGCAAGUGAAUCAGGCUGUGGGCCUUGAUGAGAAUGACUUGGAGGCGAUGAAGCGAAAAGUCGCCGAAAUGGAGGCGGAAGCAGCUAAGCUUAGAGAAAUGACAGAAUCCUUAAACCAAGAAUCGGAGUUAUUGGAGGAAAACAAGGAAGAAGUCGAUUCACGGAGUGUUUACGUGGGAAACGUCGAUUAUGCUGCCACACCUGAGGAAAUCCAAGCACAUUUCAGCAGUUGUGGGACAAUCAACCGCGUCACGAUUCUAUGUGACAAGUACACCGGGCAUCCUAAAGGCUUUGCAUACGUGGAAUUUGCAGAACCAAGCCUUGUACCCCAGGCUCUACUUCUGAAUGAAAGUACCUUUCAUGGCAGGCCGCUUAAGGUGACUCCUAAGCGUACAAAUGUACCAGGCAUGAGCGCAAGAGGUCGUGGAAGGGGUCGCGGUCGUGGUGGAUUCAGAGGUGGACCUCGGGGAGGUGGUUACAGAGGCGGCUUCCGUGGAAGAGGACGGGGUGGUUUCACGCCUUACUAAAGGUGAUGACGGAGAGAUGGCAAGUGUUGGGUGCAUUGGUUGGAUCGACCGUUUGAUCGAACCGUGAAUAAAUUGGGUACGGAGAGACUGCGUGUCCGUCGAAAAGGACAGCAUCGCGGAGAUGCUUCAUGUAGCUUAUCAGAGACAGUAUAAUACAUCUCUUAUGAGACCGUCC